AUUUUGUGCUCUUAUCAAAAAGAAAAAUUAUCCAACAUGGCGUCUACAAUUUACUUAAAAUUUAAGAACUCUAAUAAAUUACAAAAGCAACAACAUACACAGCAGCAAUCGUAACAACAACAACAGUAACAAUAAGAUGAAGUAUUAAAAAUCCAAAGACGCCCUCUUAAAAAGAAGAGCACAGUUGAUGAAUUAAAAAGCUAGGAAGCUUAAAGGAAAAAGUCAGCAAAAAGAAAGAAGAAGGCAACGAAAAAGCAACAGACAAAGUCUAUAAAAAUAAAUGACGGCCUAGAAACGAAAACUACAAAAAAUAUACAAAAGUUAUAUUUAAGCAAAACUAAAGAAACUCCAAGGAAAUCUAAGAGACAGACAUUUAAAUAGCUAAACAAGUGGCUUAAAGCAAAAUAUUUAUUUAAAAAUACAUCUUAUUUGCAAAAGAAAAUAAUAUUAGAAAGUUGUUUAAAGAAAAACCUUUUUCACUUGUUCCUUAAUUUGUAACAAAAUUACAAAAAAAAUCGUUUUUUAGUUUAAGCCUCAUUAAAAUUCCCAGCAAAAGUUAAUUUUAAACUUAAGUUGAGCGAAAAAGAAAACACAUCACAUCACUGUUUGUGUGCCACAACAAACGUACGAGGAAAAUUUGUAUUUAUGGAUGCAGGAGGUCUUCCAGUGUACCAGAGCGCCAAUCAGGCAGCCGCCCAGCAACAACAACAGCAGCAGCAUCAACAACAACAACAACGUCAACAUCAAUUGAAUAUACAAUUGCAACAACAACAGCACUUACAACAUCAUCAACAACAAUUGCAACAACAGCAGAAUCUAAAUUUACACUUGCAACAGCAACAACAGUUACAAGCAUCACAACAACAACACGUACAUAAUGUGCAACAGCAACAACAGAUACAAGUGCAACAGCAGCACCAACAACAACAACAGCAACAACCACAAAGAUCACCCUUCAACACAAAUGCUGGUGCAGGAAACCCAAACGCGGGAGGCGGAAUUAGCGGCGGCCUGGGCCCUGGCGGCAACGGAAAUGGCAGCUCUGGCCAAACAAAUCCAAACAACACGGGCCUAUCACAAGCAGCCGCUGCAGCCCAACAACAGCAAGGCGGCCUCAAUGCUGUACCCUCUCCCAAUGGCGGUAUUGGUUCGGGAGGCCUGCUCGGCAACGAUAUGGUGCCACCCAAACGUCAACAAAUGUUUGAACGUCUGCGACGACGCAUGGAAAACUAUCGACGUCGACAAACCGAUUGUGUGCCACGCUAUGAACAAACUUUCAGCACUGUGUGCGAGCAGCAGAAUCACGAGACCAGCGCUUUGCAAAAACGUUUUCUGGAGAGCAAAAAUAAACGCACAGCCAAGAAGACGGAAAAGAAACCCACAGAAACGUCAACGACAAUGUUGUCCUCGAACUUACAGAGCAGUGUACAUGUG